CACUUCCCCCGAAUUUUAUAUUUGCUGGAGGGCGGCCAAGAACGUGAACUGCUCUCCCAACCCCGUUACUCUGUUUAUAUUAUAUAAUAAGGUCGAAGAUUUUUUUCUUUUUUUUCUGUUGCUGUCGUUUUAAUAUUGUUGGUGGCGAGGAUUUUUGGUUAUUUUUAAUUCCGGUGUAUGGUAUUCCGGGAUGCCGACGCCGGUUAGCAGCGCGCGGCAGUGCCUGGCGAGCGAGGCCGCGGCCGCGCUCGACGACGCCGUCGCCGUUGCCCGCCGCCGCACCCACCCCCAGACCACCUCCCUCCACCUCGUAUAUGCCCUCCUAUCCUCCUCCUCCUCCUCCUCCUCCCCUCCCUCCUCCAUCCUCCGCGACGCCCUCUCCCGUGCCCGGAGCUCCGCGUAUUCCCCACGGUUGCAGUUUAAAGCGCUGGAGCUCUGUUUCGGGGUCGCUCUGGAUAGGCUGCCGUCGUCGUCGUCGCACCACCACCAGCAGGCGGCGCAGGCGGAGGAGCCACCGGUAUCGAACUCGCUGAUGGCGGCCAUCAAGCGCUCGCAGGCCAAUCAACGCCGGAAUCCGGACACGUUCCACCUCUACCAGCAGCAGCAGCAGGGGUCGUCGUCGUUUUCCGGCGUGAAGGUGGAGCUGCAGCAGCUGGUGCUUGCCAUCCUCGACGACCCGGUCGUCAGCCGGGUCUUCGGUGAGGCCGGGUUCCGGAACUGCGACAUCAAGCUCGCCGUCCUCCGCCCCCCGCUGCCCAUCCUCCGCUUCCCCCGCGCAGCCCGCUGCCCGCCGCUCUUUUUAUGCAACUUUUCGGCUGCGGACGACUUCGAUGCGCUCCCUGUGCCGCGGGGCUUCACGUUCCCCUUCUCCGCCUCCGAUGGUGGCGACGAGAAUUGCCGGAGGAUCGGCAAGGUGCUCGCCCGGAGGAGCAGCCGGAAUCCGAUGCUGGUCGGCGUCAGCGCUGGCGAGGCCGCCCAGGACUUUGCUCGAGCGGUGGAGCGCCAGAAUUGGGAUGUUCUGCCUACGGAGCUGCGAGGGCUGAGGCUCGUUAGCAUCGAGAGGGAGGUCUCCGAGCUCGGCAAGAGCGGUGACGGCCGGUCGUGGAUCGGCGCCCGGUUGGAGGAGCUGGGCCAGCAGGCGGAGGAGCCCGGGGUGGUUUUGAGCAUCGGGGAUUUGAAGGGGAUGGUAGAAGGGGGUGAUGAUGUGGGGAGCUGCUUGGUUCCGGAGCUGACGAGGGUGCUGGAGCUUCUCCGGGAGAGGCUCUGGAUGAUGGGAUGGUCGGCGUCCUACGAGACUUACAUGAAGUUCUUGUCACGCUAUCCUCUGCUGGAUAAAGAUUGGGAUUGGCAGCUUCUACCGAUUACCACGGUCCGGCCGGGGAUGGGUGGAUCGCUUUCCAGGCCUCCCAGCUUAAUGGAUUCAUUUGUUCCAUUUGGAGGCCUUUUCCCUACGACAUAUGAGUCAAAGGGUCUCCUAAGCAGUCCAUACCCAACGGUACACCGCUGCCAGCAUUGUAAUGACAAAUGCAUGCAAGAAGUUGCUGCUGUUCUGAAGGGACAUUCAACUUCAACUGAAGAUCGGCACUCAGCAGAUGUGCCUGCUUGGGUGCAGAGAGCUAAUAUUUUUAGCAUAAAUGGUGGAUUAGAUGCAUCAAAGGCUCAAGAUGAUAAAACAGUGUUGAAUGUAAAAGUAAUGGAUUUGCAAAAGAAGUGGAAUGAUUAUUGCCAGUGCAUUCACCAGGGAUGCCAGAGGCUUGAGACCGGCAGUUACCAGGUGCCUGGAAACAUUGUUGGUCUUCCAUAUGUUUCUGGUAAGGAGAGAGUCAGUAACCAGGAUAGCAGCAAUCUUGAUUUAACUCAAAACCAAAACCAAGAAGGGUAUGGAAAUUCAUUUCCUAUGGUAGUGGGUUUGCAGAAGAUCGCUGCAGCUAGCCAGAGUUUGUCACUUUCUGUAAUUCCUGAACCCAAAAACGGGGAUUUGAUAUCUAGACUUCAGGUCAGACUAUCAAAAAGUGAACAAUUUCAGAGAGAGAUCUUCCAGUCUCACCAAGGUCCACAUUCAGAUUCAGGCAAUCAUGAUGAUCAUGCUUCACCUUCCUCUGUAACAUCUGUUAGGACAGAUUUGGUUUUGGGAACCCUUCAUGAGCCAACUUGUAAGGAUGAACAGCUUGCCAUUCAAAAACACACAAAUCAUUUGGACAGUUGCUCUGGGUGUUUGCCAUCCAAGAAAGUUGAUGAUUUCAGCAGAAAUGUUCCAGAGGUACUUGUUCAGUCUCAUUCUUGCUCUGCUGGUCCUGAUUUGCCGAAGAACAAUACACAUCCACUCAUGUGUAGUCCCUUACCUUCAAAGAGUGGUGGUGCACCUGCAUUUGACCAACAUUGUCUAGGUUCAUCCAAUAUGUGUCAAAAGUUUGAUCCAAGUAACUACAAAUCAUUCUGUGCUAGUCUUAUUGAUAAAGUUGGCCGACAGGAAGAAGCCCUGAGUGCUGUCAGUCAAACUAUAUUACACUGCAGAGCAGGUCAUGAAAGGCAUCGUGGUGCAAGCCUAAAAGGAGACAUUUGGCUCACUUUUCUUGGUCCUGAUAGCAUUGGAAAGAAGAAGGUAGCGGUGGCUCUUGCAGAAUUGAUCUACGGCAGCAAGGAAGACUUGAUCUGCAUUGAUCUAAGCUACCAAAAUGGCUUUACUUUUCCUAUUACUAUCUGUGACCAGCAAGAGGUCAAUGGGUGUGACACAAGGUUCAGAGGCAAGACAAGCGUCGAUCAUAUUGCUGGGGAGUUGAGCAAGAAGCCAUGGUCCGUUGUUUUCCUCAAAAAUGUGGAUAAGGCUGAUUUUCUAGUUCAGAAGAGCUUAUCCCAGGCUAUUCAAACUGGAAAAUUUCCUGAUUCUCAUGGAAGGGAAUUUGGCAUUAGCAAUGCCAUUUUUGUGAUGACUGCAACGGAGGCCCAGGGUCAGGCCUUUUCCCAAAGGACAGAUUCUGUUAAAUUCUCAGAGGAAAGUAUUCUUGCAGCUCAGAGUUGGCAGAUGAAGAUCUUGAUACAGCAUGUUUCGGAGGCUGCCAGCUGCAAUCCAAAUGUUAAUGUGUUGAUUGCUUCAAGGCAAAAUUCUAGGAAUAUGCGAGCAUCUUUAUCCUCGGUUUUCGUAAGUAAACGUAAGCUGGGUGUUUCUGAUGACUUCAAAAAGCAGCAUGAAUCCUUGGGGACUGCAAAACGGGCACACAGGACAUCAAACACAUUCCUAGACUUGAAUCUGCCAGUAGAAGAGGCCGAGUUAAAUGACGCAGAGAGUAGCAGCAGUAGUGAAAAUAGCUCUACAUCAGAGAAUACAGAGGCAUGGGUGAAGGAUUUCUUCAGUGCAGUGGAUGCAAUUGUGAAUUUCAAGCCUUAUGAUUUUGAUGCCCUUGCUGAUAGUAUAUUAAAGGAAAUCAGUAAGAGCUUCCUUGACACAAUUGGCUCUGAGUAUAUGCUGGAGAUUGAUGUGAAGGUAAUGGAGCAGAUACUUGCAGCUGCAUGGCUAUCGGAUGCUAGACAAGCUCUAGAUGUUUGGAUUGAACAAGUGCUCAGCAGGAGCUUCAUUGAGUUGAGGGAAAGAUUCAAGCUCCCGACUCAAACUGUAGUCAGACUUGUUGCUUGUGAGGAUUUAGCUAUAGGGGAGCAUGCACCUGGGGUCCUCCUUCCCUCAAGAAUUUGUCUAAACUGAUAAGUUUAAAGAUUGUUGUAAUUAGAUGUAUAAUUCAGUGUCUAGCAUUUCUCUGUGAAAUAAUAUUGUCCUGUUAAUCCCAUUUGUUUUUUCCUGGUUUUGUCAGUCUAGUGCUUGUAAAUUGAAUGUUCUGCAGUUUGCAAAUCUGCUGGUCCCAUUAUAUGUCUUGAGUCAGCAGAAUCUCAUCUUUUAUUCUUCUUUUGCCGUGAAACUAUUAUAACAGUGUCAAUCCAAUUAUAUUUUCUUAAAUUUUGUAAUCA